AUGCAGUUAUUAAAGAAAGAGCUAAAGCUAAAGCAACUCUUACUGUUACUAAAACUGAUACUGCUAAAGCGAGUACAGAUACAGGAAUUACGGAUACUUAGAUUACAGUCUACUACUGCUAAUGCUAGUGAAGCUACUACUGCUAUUACUCCUAUGGAAGGACCUACUCCUAGUACUGAGCAACAGAAGAGGAAAGGAAUAACUGCUGUUACUUCAACCACUAUUACUGAAACAGCAGAAAGAGCUAUUACUGCUAAAACUAAAACAGCUACAGCUAUUACCGUUACUGCUAGUACUAUUACUGAUACUACUACUGCGGUUACUCCUACGGAGAUUACAGAUACUGGAAUUAACGCUACUCCUAUUACUGCUAAAACUACUAUUAAAGCUACUAAAGACAUUGCUACUACUGCCAUUACGGCAACUUCAACUGCAUUAACCUCUGUUGCUACUUAUGCCUUGUGCCUGCUUGCUGAUGCAAUAGCUACAGUUUCUGGAGCUAGUAAAAGUAAGAAAGCUAAAGCAGGAACUGCGAUUACAGGAACAAGAAUUGCUAUAACCGCAACAG